AUGGCGACGAACGGCACCAAAACGGACGGCCAAGUCACAGAACUGAACGAGGUGGCCACUAAUAGUGACAAGCCCAAGUCGCUGGACGUGAAACCAGAAAAGCAGAAAAAGGAGUUGCCUCAGAGAGAAACAUGGGCGGGAAAAUUUGAUUUCCUCCUGUCGUGUGUGGGUUAUGCAAUUGGACUGGGAAACGUAUGGAGAUUUCCCUAUCUCUGUGGAAAGAACGGCGGAGGAGCCUUCUUGAUUCCCUAUUUUUUGACCCUCAUAUUUGCUGGGGUCCCCUUGUUUCUACUGGAAUGCUCCCUUGGUCAAUACACCUCAAUUGGAGGGCUUGGUGUGUGGAAACUGGCUCCUAUGUUUAAAGGUGUGGGCCUUGCAGCAGCUGUCCUGUCCUUCUGGCUUAACAUUUACUACAUUGUAAUCAUUUCUUGGGCCAUAUACUACCUGUACAACUCCUUCACCACUGAACUUCCAUGGAGCUCAUGUAACAAUCCAUGGAACACAGAGAAAUGUUAUACAAACUACUCCAUUGCAGAUACCACCAAUCUCACCAGUGCAGUGGUGGAGUUUUGGGAGCACAACGUGCAUGAAAUGACCGAUGGCUUGGAAAAACCAGGCCAGAUUCGAGUGCCACUGGCAAUAACACUGGCCAUCGCCUGGGUCCUUGUGUACUUCUGUAUCUGGAAAGGGGUUAGCUGGACAGGGAAGGUCGUUUACUUCUCAGCUACAUAUCCCUACUUCAUGCUGUUUAUUCUCUUCAUCCGUGGGGUGACGCUACCUGGAGCUAGAGAGGGAAUUCUGUUCUAUAUCACCCCUGACUUUGAAAAACUCAAAGAAUCUGAGGUAUGGCUAGAUGCAGCUACCCAGAUCUUUUUUUCCUACGGACUGGGAUUGGGGUCCCUUAUAGCGCUGGGCAGUUAUAACCCAUUCAAUAAUAAUGUUUACAGAGACUCUGUCAUUGUGUGCUGCAUCAACUCAUGUACCAGCAUGUUUGCUGGCUUUGUAAUCUUCUCUAUUGUUGGCUUCAUGGCACAUGUGACAAAGAGAGACAUUGCCGACGUAGCAGCUUCAGGUCCUGGCUUAGCUUUUCUGGCCUACCCGGAGGCUGUAACCCAGUUGCCUGUGUCUCCUCUCUGGGCCAUUCUGUUCUUCUCCAUGCUGCUCAUGCUGGGGAUAGACAGCCAGUUCUGCACUGUUGAAGGCUUCAUCACUGCUCUGGUGGAUGAGUUUCCCAGAGCUCUUAGGGGCAGACGAGAGAUCUUCAUCGCAGUUGUCUGUCUGGUAUCCUAUCUGAUCGGACUUUCAAACAUCACACAGGGUGGAAUCUAUGUGUUCAAACUGUUUGACUACUACUCUGCCAGUGGAAUGUGUCUGCUGUUCCUGGUCUUCUUUGAAUGCAUCUCCAUAUCCUGGUGCUACGGUGUGAACAAGUUCUACGAUAACAUCCAGGAGAUGAUUGGCUACAAGCCCUGUAUAUGGUGGAAGAUGUGCUGGGUUGUGUUCACUCCUCUCAUUGUCGCUGGGGUGUUCUUGUUCAGCGCCGUACAAAUGGUUCCUCUUACAAUGGGAGACUAUGUGUUCCCAGGCUGGGGUCAGGGAGUGGGCUGGCUCAUGGCGCUGUCAUCCAUGGUUCUCAUACCCGGGUACAUGAUCUAUAUGUAUCUCGGACUCAAGGGCACUUACAAAGAGCGACUCCGGUUAAUGCUUCGGCCUCCUGCAGUUGUCAGGCGAUGUCAGGAGAAUGGACCUGAGCAGCAGGCAGAAACAAACACCGCUAACCUAUCCAGCCCCGCCAAUGCAGCCAAUCCCGCCAAUCCCGCCAGCCCUGCCAACCCGGUUCCCGCCAACCCCGCCAGCCCCAUCAAUCCAGCUCCCAUCAACUCAACCAGCCCCGUGAGCCCCGUUAACCCGGCUCCUCCGCCAGAUAAUCCAGCCACUGCCGCUAGCCCAUUGAACCCGGCAUCUAGUCCCACCACCACCACCACCACCACUACGGCCAGUCCAGCUAACCCCACCAACACCACAACUGUUAGUCCAACCAGCCCACCACCCAACCCAGCUAGCCCAACGGAGCCUGUUAACCCCCCAAACCCAACAAGCCCGACCUCUAACCUGACCAAUGCCGAGGCCAAUGUGUAG